ACCCUCGUCAGUUAUAGCGUCGUCGCAUGUUUUUGAAGUUCAAUCUUAAGACGACGCUGUCCGUGACCGAUCAUUCUACACGGUCUGCCACGACGUGCCACACUUACCGUAGCUCGGCGUUCGUGAACUCGUUUGUGAUCUCGAAAAUUUAUCGAUGUCGGGUUUUGCGGUGAACCGUUGUUUUUUUAAUUAUCACAAAGUCCAGAUCGGGUACCUAUAUCAGCUAAAAACAGUUCGCUAGUUGUUUUCAAAAUGGUUAGUAAAUCAAAGCUGAUAUUUAAAUUUAAGUACAGUCAUGAGACUUAUUUGUUUUAUUUAUUUAAGAAACAUCAAAACAUUUAAUAUAAAAAGUUGUAUCUAAAGAAUUCAAGACAGGACACUGCACGGACUAAAAUGUUAAACACUUAUCUCACAUUGAUUACUUGGGGCACCGGACCCACGAAAGUUAAGCAGCGCUGGUCCUACUCCAUCAAUAAAAUAUCUAAAUUCGUCCAUAAUAUCAGCCUGCUAGUACUUGGAGUAAGUAUGAAUACAUAGAUGUGAAGCUUUAAGGUUACAAAUUCAAAUCAUGGUAUUAUUUCUACGCAUUUUCCUAUGCAUAAGUUGUAUUGUCUUUAAUACAUUUACCUUUUGUAAAAGUAUUGUUAAAACUGAAACUAGUUUCCUAACAACUGUCGAAUUACCUGCAAGUGUCAAUACCGAAGUUCCAUCUGUAGUGUGGCAACAAAUCCAAGUUCCGAACCCAACACACGAUUGGCGCUUCAAAUCAGAUAGUAUUAAUAGUUUAACAUUCCAUGAUUCAACGGCAGUAAAAAAUGUUUCAAAACGAUUGGCAAUCGUUUUAAAUAAAAACUUAACCACGACAAACAUAACGAACGCUAACCUUACCAAGACAAAAAUUACAACCACUCCAAAACCAAAACCCCCGAAAUCCGUUGCUGCUACAACUAAGUCGCCACUCAGUGUCACGAAACCUACGAAAUCCGUACAGAAAAAUAAUUUAAACUACCAUGACGUUACGAUUUGGCCAAAGCCCGACAAACGACUGAGCGAUGCUGCGCAAAAAACGCCCAAUGUCAACACCUCGAAUCACACGGACGAGAUCGUAGUCAUGCCGGACUUCAAAACUAAAUAUCCAAUCAAUAAGUGGAAGGAACAUGGGUUCUACACAGACGAUUACAUAAAGUUAAUUAACAUUCAUUGGUUCAAAUUCGAACCACCCAAUGCUACGUCACACUACGUUCUCGGAUCGUUGUACGCCGUCAUCAUGGUGCUCGGUUGUUUUGGGAACGCACUAGUGAUUUUCAUGUACAUCAAAUGUAAAUCGUUGCAAACGCCUGCCAACGUGUUAAUUAUGAAUUUGGCGGUCAGCGAUUUCAUUAUGCUAGCGAAAACACCAGUAUUUAUCUAUAACAGUUAUUACCAGGGCCCUACACUAGGAAAAUUGGGCUGUCAGAUAUACGGAUUUUUUGGUGGUUUGACGGGAACUGUGUCCAUCAUGACGUUAGCCGCCAUAUCGUUGGACCGGUAUUAUGUCAUAGUGCACCCUCUUAACGCGGCCGUUAAAACUACCAAACAGCGGGCCAGGGUGUGGAUAGGCCUGAUAUGGAUGUACGGGUUCUUGUUCUCUAUCAUACCGGUAAUGGACCUGGGGUACAACCGAUACGUACCGGAAGGAUACCUGACUAGUUGCAGCUUUGACUAUCUGACGGACGACAACCAAGAAAAAGGAUUCAUCCUGGUGUUCUUUACGGCGGCGUGGUGCAUACCAUUCAUCACGAUUUCAUACUGUUACGUAAAAAUACUGAGGGCGGUUUGGGUGACUAGUGAAAUGACCGCUAGCCGGUUUGGCCAGGAGGAAGAAAAGAGGAAGACGGAGAUAAGACUGGGAUACGUGGUGGUGGGGGUUAUCUUACUGUGGUUCAUAUCGUGGACACCAUACGCUAUGAUAGCCCUAUUGGGCGUAUUCGAUCAGAAAGACUACAUCACUCCACUAAAUUCAAUGAUCCCAGCGUUAUUCUGCAAGGCGGCUAGCUGCAUGGACCCUUGGAUAUACGCCAUCACACACCCGCGAUUCAAAAACGAACUGACGAAGCUGAUGUCGAAGAAGAAAACCAGGAAAUUGGAGCGGGAUUACGGUAUGAAGAAGAGUUGGGGGGGUCAGUCACAUUCCAACAAGAGCGGCGUCGUUCACAGGAACCUUUCGAGUUCCGAAGACGAGUGCGUGGAAGAGGUGAUCGUCGUGAUCGAUCCGGACGACAAGAAGAUGAUACGGCAAGGAUCCACUUCCAGUCAUAAAACCGAAGAGACCAAAGCGCUGGAGACGAAAUUCCCGCCCACCAGGCAAGAGAGUCUGAAGUACAUGCCGCCCAGCUGGUACAAACUCCCGCGGACUACGUCUAAAAGCAGCAUUAUGCUAGACGCUAAACUUACAGGAGACGAUAACAAUAAGUGAUAACGUUCUUGUCGAGCUUGCCAACGAGCCCGCAGUGAACAUUUGAAGAUUUUAAAUGAUAAAAGCUGUGAUUAAAAUGCUAGUCUAUAUAUUAUUAUAUUAUGUAUAAACAUAUUAUAUAAUCUGAUCUCACACUUGUAUUUAAGGAGAAUUUACGAACAUGUAAUUACGCAUAAGUUUUUCGUUAUGAUCGUAAAAUAUAUUUGGGUGCUUAUUUAUA